UCAAGCACAUAUUUACCGAAAUUGGUUUUGAGAAAAUUUAGAGGCGGGGCUGUCAGAUAAAAAGUCCGCGAGCAAAGGUAGAGGAUUUCCGAGUUUGCGUUGGAACGUGAGUUCGUUAGGCUGUCCGAUUAAAUUUACUACUUCCCAAAUACUUACAACGCGAUGCUCCGUUGCGUGGUUCCGUGGAAGUCUUUGCUGACUCCGUGUAGAAAGCUUCAACCUUUCUCGCCCUUUCCAAGCGAUAGGUAGCACGUGGGAGGACGAGAGCGCGGCCAGAUGGGCGGCGGCGACGGCUCCGGCGAGCGGUGGCCACGGUGGCUUUGGGAGCACGCGUCGAUCUUCUUCCUUCGCCCUCUUCUCGCGAUCUUGUUCGUCUUCUCUUUGAUCCUCCUAAGUUGGUUCGUGGCGUGGAAGACGGUGCUGGUUCACGUGCCCCUGGUUCAGGAGAUCUGCGGCCUCCGCAAGAAGCCGGUGAAGCCUAAACCCACCAAUCUCCACCGUAUCUCCCGCUUCUAUCACUCCAAUCCCUCUCUGAGUUUCAAAUUUUAGCAGUGGACAAACUCAAAAGUUCAGUUGCUGAUAUUUCAACUUACAGAUAGGAGCCUACAGCAUCUUAUCCACAAAUAGCUGAAUCUGAUAUCCUUUUCAAGUCUGCAUUGCAGGCCAAUGGAAAAGUUAGUGCUCAUAAAAGUUUCUACAUUUCAUGUAUGCUUUGCAUCAUCAAACAUAAACUUUUCCACCUUGUAAAGAGUUGCUUGACCUUCCUUAGACGCCAAAGUCUUAACAGGCCCAACAGGCUGUAGGAGAUCCCUGCCUUCACUCUGCCUGUGAUCAAGAAGCCAAGAGCCUCAUAUGGAAUUGUUGAGGCCACAUCCAUGACAAACCAUGUAGAUAAGUACCUGAGAAUUGCCACUCAAUUGUUUUUCGAGAAGUGAUAAUAGAGAAUUCUUGCAGUAGUCCAGAGAUGUGCCCAUCGAUGAAGUGGGAUUUUUGGAAAUCUAUCACUUGUGUGACAUAAUUUUCCAGCCUUGUGAAUAGGAUUUUUUUCAAUCAAAUAUCAUGUGAUAUCUUA